AUGUCGGAACCUACGAGGCGCAAUGGCGAUGCUUUCCCCUGGCAUCUUGGCGUCUGCGACGCGCACUGCCACCCGACAGACACCUUGUCUUCCCUAAGCUCGGAUCCGAUAAGCAAAGCCCGCUACCUCACUGCCAUGGCAACAAGGGCCCAGGAUCAGCAUCUCGUCGACUCAGCCGCCAAGCAGCAUCCUGAGACUAUCGUACCUUGCUUCGGGUGGCACCCUUGGUUCACACAUCUGCUGUACGAUGAUACCUCUGAUGAGCCAACGUACGCACCAGACAGACACGGCAACGACAAUGGCAAGGCCAAGGAGGAGCACUACAGAAGGGUUCUGACACCAAACUCUUCCACCUCGGAGAUACAGCAGGGGUUCAUAGUCUCGCUACCGAGCCCUACGCCGCUCUCAGACCUGAUCAGCCAGACGAGGGAGUACCUCUUGAAACACCCCACAGCGCUAGUUGGCGAGAUUGGGCUGGACAAGGCCUUUCUUCUCCCGCAGCCCUGGUCCACUGACCAGCGUGAUGGGUCCCUAACCCCCGGAGGUCGAGAAGGGCGGCCCUUGUCGCCGUACAGAGUCCGGGUCGAGCACCAGAUUGCCAUUCUCAGGGCACAGCUCCAUCUCGCCGGCGAGCUCCGUCGCGGUGUCAGCGUGCACGGAGUCCAGGUGCACGGCGUCUUGCUGGAUGCCAUAGCCGCCACGUGGAAGGGCUACGAGCGGGUGGUGCUCUCGAAGCGGCAGAUGCACAAGAUCACAAUGGGCGAGGAGGAGCCUCCGACGCCCCCUUCGUCCUCGGACGCCGAGUCGCCCAAGCCCUUCCCGCCACGGAUCUGCCUCCACUCGUACAGCGCGUCAGUGGAGGUGUUAAGGCAGUGGCUAGAUCCUAAAAUUCCUGCUGAUAUAUACUUUUCCUUCUCGGUCGCGGUGAAUCUGAGUACCAAGAGUACGAGGAACAAGAUCCGGCAGGUGAUUCAGGGGGUGCCGGGUGAGAGGAUCCUGGUGGAGAGUGACCUGCACAAGGCCGGGGAGGACAUGGAGAGCGCGUUGGUGGAGAUGUAUUCGCUGGUCUGUGAGAUAAAGGGGUGGGCAAUUGAAGAUGGGGUGAAGAGGAUACGGCAGAAUUACGAAGCAUUCAUAGGAUUAGAGCUAGACGAGCGAUAG